AUGAAGUAUGACAGAACCAAAGACCCCCAGGAACACCUGACGGCCUUCGAGGCUAGGAUGAACCUAGAAGGAGCAGCUGACGCAGUCCGAUGCAGAGCCUUUCCGGUAACCCUAGCCGGACCAGCCAUUAAAUGGUUCAACGCCCUCCCUAACGGAGCUAUAGCCAGUUUCCACGACAUCUCGCGAAGGUUCAUGGCCCAAUUUACAACCAGAAUCACUAAAGCCAAACGCCCCAUCAGCCUGCUAGGGAUCACACAGAAACAGGACGAGUCUACGAGGAAAUACCUCGACCGCUUCAAUGACAAAUGCCUAAUGGUCGACGGACUCACGGACUCCGUCGCAAGCCUCUACUUAACCAACGGGCUCAUGAAUGAAGAUUUCCGCAAGCACCUCACUACCAAACCAGUGUGGACCAUGCACAAGAUCCAAAAUGUUGCCAAGGAUUACAUCAAUGACGAGGAGGUCAGCCAGGUCGUCGCUGCCAACAAGCGGCAACACAACCACACCCAACACGGCAACUCGGCACCACGACAUAACCCACCACCCAGAGAAAAUCAAAGAGACCACCCCAAAUUAACAAACACAAGCCGACCACCAAGAAUCGGCAAAUUCUCUAAUUACACGCCCCUGACAGCACCAAUUACCGAGAUAUACCACCAAAUAGCAGAUUGA